CCCGCCGCCGCGAGCUCCGUCAGUCCGCCGAGCGGCGUUGCGUUAUGCGCUGGUGUAUUUGAUGUUCCCGAGCCCGAACGGCGAGUGUCCGACCUCUGUAACCGACCGUUUAUGACAUUCGACAACCCCGCCCUGUGCAUUUUUCCGAGUUGCAUUUCGAUCAGUGCGAAGAGUACGUCGGCUGCGAGCGAUCCGUGCCGGUGUCGGCAGCUCCUCCCGCGUUUAUUUAUGUUGUCGUUUUGGUGUGGUGAAUAUUUGUGUUGUACGGACGAUAACCGUAUUAUCUGUGCGAUCGAGUCGAGUGGAUAUUUUUAACGAUCGACGGUUUUUCGCGAAGAUCGUUGUCGUUUGAGUCAGAUGCGGCGUGGACGGCAGCGUGCCAUGCAGUGCUAGUGCCCACCAUGGUUGGCGUGGGGGUCGCAGAGGGUGGCGGGGGCGGGGGUGGCCCUGGCGACGGCUACUACGGAGAGUACUACCCUCCGGAACAAUACUACGUCCCGCAGGAGAUGUGUCCUCACCCCUCGCAGCAUCCUCAGCAUGCGCAUAUGUGUACCGUACUUCCUGAAUAUGGAGGUAUGCCAGUAGUGCCAUCAGGAACGAUGAUGCCGCCAAUGAUGCCACCAGUGUUAGACGAGAAUAUGCGCCACUAUCUGGUGCAUGCGCAGGCGCAUCCGCACCAUGCGGCGCAUCACCAGCCGCCGCACCAUCAGCCACAACACCACCAACCACCGCCCCACCAUCAGCCACCACAUCAUUAUCCUCCUACAAAUGGUACGGGGGGACCGCAACAUUACUACAGUACUGGCUACCCACCGCACUUCCAUCACGUUCCACACCACGUGCAGCAUUCCCCACCUCCAGUGUACCAAAAGGACGAGAGAACUCAGAGGCAGUACUCUAAACUAAAACAAAAAUUAGAAAGGAAACAAACUAAUAGGAACAACGGAAUUGAUGCGAAUUCGGGUGCUAGUACGCCGUCAUUGUCUCCGCGGAAGGAAUUGAACGGUCGCGCGGGUAGUAGUGGCGGUGGCAGCCUGGCUAACAGCAUGCCCAGCAGCGGGCCCAGCAGUGGCGCCAGCACCGCCGGCGUCGGCAGUGGUACGACCACCUCCUCCGGCGCCUGGUCUGAGGAAGGAGAAGCUUCCUCAGCCGAAACUUCAGUACAAGGCGAUGGCUCAUCUGCCGCAGCCUCUGUCCAAGGCGACGGGGAGGUUGAAGAUGAAACCGACGCCCAGGCCAUACUCGACAUGUUUGCUGCUAGACGCACACCUCAGAUCACUGAUGUAUCGUCGACCAGCGCUCUAGUAAUUUGGAAUUUACCGGUGCCAGAAGACGUCAUAGUACCAAGUGGCGAGUUAACUUACGAUUUGCUCCUGGCUGACCGAGGUGGCCGCUACAAAGCGAUUUAUAGCGGACAAAGUCUUACUUGCCGGGUGAGAGAUCUGAAGCCGGGUUACGAAUAUUCGGUAUGCCUCCAAAUCCGCGCCGGCAAGCUAGACGCGACGAGUGCGUCGGCGACAUUCCGCGCGCCGGCGGCGCGGCCCGAGCAGAUGGCGGCGCCCCGCGUGGCGCAGCGCGCGCGGACCUCGCUGGCGCUGCGCUGGGCCGCGGCCACCGACAACGGCGCGCGCGUGCUCUACUACGUGCUGGAGAUGGACGACGGCGACGGCUUCGUCGAGGUCAGUCGGCCGCGCACUCGCCAGCACACUGUCAACAACCUCCGGCCGCAGACGCGCUACCGCUUCCGCAUCGCCGCCGUCAACGAGUGCGGUCGAGGCGACUGGAGCGAGGAGGCCGUCGCCUGGACCACGGGCUCGCCCCCUCCGGCCCCCGCUCCUCCCACUCUCACCUCUGCCAGCAACGAGUCCCUGGUUCUCGGAUGGGAGCGUCGCUCCGACGAAGAAUUCACAUUACAAAUGGACGACGCAGCUCGUGGCCACGGAUUUUUACCUGUAUACUCGGGUCCUGACCGUUCUUACGUGUGCAGUGGACUCCACCGUGCCACCGAUUACCGUUUUCGUCUUCGAAGUGAGACUGUCGACGGUCAAGGUCCUUGGUCCGUAGAAGUAACGUACCGAACGCUACCUGAGCGACCCGGCCCGCCUGGAAGACCAACUGCGCGUGGACGCAUUCACUCACGUGCAUUCCGCCUACGUUGGGAACCUCCAGUCGAUGACGGUGGCGCAACCAUCGACUCCUAUACCCUCGAGCUUGACGCUGGUGACGGAUAUCGACCAGCUUACCGUGGACCCGAGCGUGAAGCACAUUGCGACCGAUUACUGCCCGGCACUCCCUACCGAGCGCGCGUUCGCUGCAACAACGAAGCCGGCGCCAGCGACUGGUCCGCCGCGGAGACAGUGACGACUGAAUGCGCAGUGCCGGCCGCCCCGGCCGCGCCCUGCCCCGCCGCCGAGCCGCGCAGUACGCUGCUGGCGCUGCGCUGGCGGGCGCCCGACUGUACCGGCGGCGCGCCCAUUACCGAGUAUCGGGUGGAAAUCAUUCCAUCGGCCGAUACUGAGGGAGCAGCUCGCCUCGCUUAUCAAGGACUCGACUGCGAAUGUAUAGUUCGUGAACUGAUGCCCGGUCGUGAGUACCGUACGUGGGUCACGGCGCACAACAGGGUGGGCGCGAGCCCGCCAUCUCAAGCUCUCACGUUUUCGACUGCACCGGCGCCACCAGAGGCGCCUGAAACCCCCACUGCACAACUGGAGGGCGCUCGCGCCGCCCGCCUGGAAUGGACCGCCCCACGCGACAACGGAGCGCCCAUCCUCGACUAUCGCCUUGAAAUGAGUGCCACGAACGUUGACGACGCCUUCUCAGAGGUGUACAGGGGUGCGGAGACGAGCUGCCUCGUGGGCCGCUUGGUCCCGUUCUCCCCCUACUUCUUCCGAGUGUGCGCCACCAACGCGGCGGGGCGCGGCGCGUGGUCCGGCGUGCGCGACGUGCUGACCCCGCGCGCCCCGCCCGGCGCCCCCGCCGGCCUGCGCCACGAGGCCACGGCCGACAGCCUGCGCCUGCACUGGCGCCCCCCGGCGGCGCACGGCGCCAUCGUGCUGCGCUACCGCGUCGAGGUGGGCGACGCCGCCUUCGACACGGACGGGCCGGCGCCCGAGCGGCUCGUGCAGGGGCUGGAGCCCGACACCGUGUACCGCGUGCGCGUCGCCGCGCUCAACGAGCUGGGGCUGGGCGAGUGGUCGGACGAGGCGCGCGCCAGCACGCGGCCGCGCCCCCCCGCGCCCCCCGCGCUGCGCUGCGUGCAGGCGCAGCACAACUACGUGCGCCUGGAGUGGCCCGCCGCGCCCGGCGACGGCGCGCAGUACUGCGUCGAGAUGCGCUCGCUCGACGCGCGCGACUUCCGCCCCGUCUACCGCGGCUCGGCCCGCUCCUGCAAGGUUAAGAAAUUGCGCGAGGCGACCACGUACGCGUUCCGGAUACGGGCGAGCGACGAGCGCGGCGGCCGCGGCGGCUGGUCGGAGCCGCUGGAGGCCAGCACCAUCAGCGCGCCCCCGCCCGCGCCGCGCGCCCCCACCGUACAGCAGUGCGCCCCCCGCGCCGCGCUGGUGUCCUGGGACGCGCUGGACGACUCCGAGUACGUGCUGCAGUGCGCGCGCGCCAAGGAUGCCGUUUACAAGCAGGUGUACUCAGGCAGCGAGACGCAGUUCCAGCUGGAAGAGCUGGAGGCGGGCGCGGAGUACCUGGUGCGGCUGUGCUGCGUGCGCGCGGGGCUGGCGGGUGCGUGGGGCCCGGCGGCGCGCGUGGCGGUGGCGGGCGCGGCGCCGGCCCCGCGGGUGCGGCGGGCGCGCGCGGCGCGGGCGCUGCAGCCGGGGCACGUGGCGCUGCUGAUGGCGGCGGCCUUCCUGGCGCUGGCCGUGUGCGUGGCCGUGCUGCUGCAGCGCCUGGUGGAGGCGCGCCCGUGACACGAGCUGGCCGCGGCCCGGCCGCGCGCGCUGGCCCGCCUGUAGCCGCCCGUGGCUGCCUGUAGCCGGCCGUGGCCACUAUAGCCGCCCGUGGCCGCCCGUGGCCGCCCGUAGCCGCCCGUAGCCGCCCGUGGCCGGCGGUAGCCGAGUGACUCGAGUUGGAGUGUAGUGUACGGCCGAGUCCCGGCGGCGGACGGGCGCCAGCUCGCGAUGGCCGCGCCCUCUCGUCGCGUCCGUCGAUGGAGAUCGAUGUUUUAAUUUAGAUUACAAAAAUAUUACCGGCUUUGCAUUUUUUGCAUCGAUGUGAGGUUGCCAUUCAGAGUGUAUAUUUUUACAGUCGAGCGAGAGAGCCUCUCGUUCUAUCGUGUCUCCUAUGUGUUGUAUCUAAACUUUCACAAAUUUUCAUAAAUCUAGUCUAUGCUUGUAACUUAUUAUUUUAUUUACUGUAUUAGCGAAUUGCCGUUGUGCUUGUUAUACUAUAUUUGAAUAUCGAAUCGUAAUAUUUGUUUAAUGGUGAUACGACACGUACUUCCGAUAUUUACUAUUUUAUUCUCUUUGUACUUUUUCCAUACAUUUGAUAUUUUUAUAAAAUUGAAUUAUUGAACGAUCUGUUGCAUAACUUUAUCAGAUUUAAUUAUAAGAAGAUAGCAAACGAGGUGCUCUAUAUUAUUAUUAAAGUUUUGUUAAGAGGGACGUGGCCCCUCGCUCUGCAACGAGUUUCCAGUGUGUGUGCUGUGAUCACUUCCUUAUGCGAAUGAGACUGAUUUUACAAGUAAAUGCUUUGUUUAUAGAAUGAAUCAAUGCUUACCCUUGACGAGUCCUGUGUCGCCAUGACACGCGCCAGACUUGUAAUGGCGGACGGACAAUGUCCGCGCGUGCGCACGUGCGACACAAACAAUCCGAUUUUAUAUGCUCCGAGUGCUUAUUUGAUAGUAUCGAUGUACCUAAUUAUAUUGUAUUAUCGAUAACUACAUAAUAUUGUUGUUUUUAAUUCUCAGAACAUGACCUUUUAUUGAUGACAUUAUAUAAUAUAGAUUAAUUAAUUUGUUUAUAAAUUUAGAGAUUACGAAUUAUUGAGAUUGUUACCACCCGGUAUAAAAGUAAGAACAGGAAUUCAAUUUUAGAAAAUUAUGUUGGAAAUAUGAUAUUUUAAAUUAAAUUCCCAUACUGGUGUCUGUUACUUUAAUAACAUUAUUAGAAAAUUGUUAACUGAUGUUCAUAUACCUAUAAAUAUAAUUUUAAUAAACGAAUUUCUUGUAGAUAAGAAAAAGUGAAUUUUAUAUUCAGAAUUAGAGUAAAUAAAGCAUUGUACGGGGAUGAUCUUUGAUGUUUCUUAGUAUCAUUAUUCAGAUUAAUGUUGUUUCGUGGAGGUAAUGUCGUACAUAAUAAAUAACAUUGAAUAUUGUCAUUGUUACGUAGGCUUGGUAUUGUAUUCGACUGUACUUGGCUCGGCCGCGCCUCGUACCGCGCGCCGCCCGCCGCGUACCUUGCUGUAUUUAUUUAUUAUUAUUUAUGGUUGAGAUACAAUUACGCACCAAUAGCCAUUAAUAUAUCGUAAAUAUGUAAUAUUUACUUCUACUGUGAUUAGCAUAUUCUAUUCUUUCUAUUGUAUCUUUAUUAUUACUAUUAUCUGAAACAUUCCUAGAGUACGUGUUACUUUUUGGAUUUCAAAUGUCUUCUGUUAUUAUUAAAUUUGUUAAUAUUUCUGUAGUUGAGAAGAAAUUCACUUCGUGCCUAUUUCCGUACGGCAUAAUUUAAAACGUAAGCUCAGCUUACACUGUUAUAAAUUUAUUAUUUAAUUUUCGAAAAAUUUUAUCAUAAUGACGAUGUGCAAUUAACAAUUAUUUAUUCUUUAUCGCUUAAUAUAAAUAUUUAUUUUUUAGAAAUUAUUAUCAGAAUAGUAUCGUGUAUCAAGUAAAGGAAUCGAUGUUCCUAGUGAGUUUUACACUCUUGUACAAUACACAGAUUGCAACCUAAAUUGUGUACUAUGGUCAAGCAUUCCAACUAUAUUCCACUUGUAAAUAGGCCUAAUGAAUUCUACGACUUUUAUAAAUGUACAUGCUUUAAUAAUGAAAUGUAAAUAAAUCUGAUAUUCAUGAGCUUCGUGUAAGGGGCAUGUUUAGAUGUUGAACAUGUAUGCCAAUUGAAAUUACUGCAUUGUGUUGAGAACUAAACGUUUUUAAAUUAAUGAGAAUAACGGGGAUAACAUCUCAUAUUGUAUUUGUGUUUGAGUAUGUAACGUAUAACGAAAAAUGUAUAUGUUUUAAUAUAAUAUUUGAUGAUGUUAUGUAUACAAUUUAUUAAACAUGAAUAUAUCAAUAAAACUAUAUUUUGUGUACAUUGAA